AAUGUCAGUUUUAUUAUUUUCAUAAUUUGUCUUCACUUCAUAGUAUUUUUUUAAUUUAAUUAAUUCAUGUUUCAUGUUACUGAUGGAGGGUAACCGGGGGAUAGGUUGUGUACUUUAAAAUAUUACAGUAAUAGUCCCAAUUUCCUAGUCAAAAACGAUUAUGAUUCAAUAGAAAGUUGAAGGAUUUGCUUUUGUUAUUGAUUGACCAAUGAAUAUUUACAGAGCGGUUCUCCAUCAUGAACAUGAAGCACUGGUGGCUCUGCGUGUUCAUCGCAGCACCAGUCUGCUUGAUUAGCGCAGAGUAUAUACCUCCGGGGCCUGCAUAUCCAUGUCCUAAAGAUGCUCAAACACAGUUACUGUACCCAUGCACCUGUGAGAAUGGAACGGAUGCAGGGCUACAUGUACGCUGUGAGAAUGUUGGGCUGGCGGUGCUCAGUGUGGGCCUUGGCAACAUUGCAGGUCUUGGCUUGCCAAUAGAAAGACUGGAGCUCAGAGAAUGCAAAAUAGGCAGGCUAUUUGGUGCGCUGUUGCAGCGGGUGCGCGUGCGCGUGCUGCACGUGGUGGACACGCCGCUGCGCGCGGUCGACGAGGCUUUCUUCAUGGGUGUCAACACCACCCUGCAGGAGCUCUACAUGCUCAAUACACAAAUAGAUACCUUCCCUAAGGAAGCAUUUAGGAUACUGGGCAACCUGUCGGUCCUGUCAAUAGACGGGCACCUGAUGCAGUCCCUAGCGCAGGACAUAUUCGCGGGCAGCGCGACGUAUGUUGUGACUAAGCUUCCCAAUUUAAAAAAGGGGCCAGUUAAAGGCUGGCAGUAA